AUGAGUGGUGUUGGUACACUGGAAGAUGAGGCGCUGAAACGGAAAGCACGCCUGGCUGCUCUCAGAGCUCAGGUUAAAGGAGAAGCGAACAAGGAGGAGGAGACACCCGACGCUACUAAGAGAACGCAUGAAGAAGUUGACGGCGACGGAGAGGAGACCGAGGAAGUGAUCGAAAGCAUCCGAUUGCGCAACUAUCAACCGGUCAGUGAAGUGCCUGUGCUGCACGCGUGUGAUAAGGUCACGCCGAAAGAUCAGGCCAAACUGGACUUGGCAGAGGAAGAGAAGCAGAUGAUAGAUAUCAACGCCGAAGUCAUGGCCACGGUCGAUGUAUCCAAACUCGCACCCCAAAAAGUGACCUGGGACUUACAAAGAGACCUGACCAAGCGCAUGGACAAAUUGGACCGUCGAACGGAUCGGGCCAUCGUAGAGCUGGUGGCCAAGCGACUCAAAGACGCGACCAAAAAGAGUGAGAGCGGCACGGGAGUGAGCGAGAGCUUGGACAUGGCGGUGCACGCAGGAGCCUUGAUGGAACAGGUGGGGGCGGAGGGGUCGGAUGAUGACGAGUAG